GCGGUGAGUGUGGGAGGUGAGGCAGCCAGUCACUGAGCUAUCAUGGCGGAAGAGGCCAAAGAUGCCGUCCCUCCAAGUGAGGAAUCCUUGGUCACCUCUCUUCUCACGGAAAUAUUCACAUCUCCUAUAAACAUAUUCCUUUUAGGAGUAUGUGUUGUCCUCAUCUAUAAAAUCUUCCGACCUUCGAAUGGCAGUGGUGCAGGUAAGAGCAAUGCUUCUGGACCACUGGAACCCCCAGUGCCUAAAAUGAAACGACAGGACAUGAACCUUGCGCAGCUAAAGCAGUAUGAUGGCACUGGAGAGCAUGGAAGAGUUUGUGUGGCAGUGAAUGGCAAGGUCUUUGAUGUUACACGGGGCAAAAAAUUCUAUGGACCAGGUGGACCUUAUGCCGCCUUUGCUGGACACGACGCCACACGAGCGCUGGCAACGUUCAGUGUAAAUGAUGUUAAAGAGGAAUAUGAUGAUCUCAGUGAUCUCUCUUCCAUGCAGAUGGACUCAGUCAGGGAAUGGGAAAUGCAAUUCACUGAAAAGUAUGACUACAUCGGAAAGUUUUUGAAAUCCGGAGAACAGCCAACAGAAUAUUCAGAUGAGGAAGAUGCAAAGGACACCAAAUCCAAUAAAGAGGACUAAAUAUUUGUUUACUGAGACAAUUCAAGUUUUGGUGAGGAAAAGGGCAGCUCUUUACGGCACUUACCGUACUUGCUGACAACAGAUGAAGGAUACUGUGAGUGAUCUACGAAGGCAGAAAUUCUUCAGGAUGACUGUCUGGAGACUACAUAGAAGAAACAUGAUAGCUAAGUAUGAGUGAAAAAUGGCAGGCUUAAUUUUGAUAAUUAUCAGACACACAUGCUAGGUGAUAAAGAUUUGGCCAAUCAUAAAACUACAGAGCUCCAGGGAUGGUACAAGCUAAGAAUGGGGUAGUGUGCUCUGACUUUGUUUUGAAAACAGCCUGAAAUCAAACUUAGCCUUAUGAACUACUGCAGAAGACUGAUAAUUUCUGGUCUUCUCUCAAGUGCUGAUUCAGAGUUAUUUUCAUACCUAAUCUUUAGCCAUACGUGGCCAGAUCCCAUCUUUUCUAAUCCACAGUGAUUUAUAUUGUACCAUAGAUACACACAUGUGCUUUCCUUAUUCUUUCAGUUUCUAAAAUACUGUGUGAUGGAGAUAUUCAGUUAAUAGAUUCUGGAUAGGAUGUUUCAUCUCAUAAAUUCAUAAUCUAUUUACCGAGUAUUUCGAUAUUGUGCUCAUAGUUGCUAAUCCAUUCAAAGACGUCCUUUAAACUCUGCCUACCUAUCACAUUUGAGAAUGAAGAGUAGGUAUAACUAGUCUUAGUGGAGGAAAAGGUUCAGAUAGUUGAACGUAUUGUCUGAAUUCAGAAGCACACACAGGAAGUAAUUCAUAGAAGGAAUUUUGGCUUUGGCACAAAUGUAUAUUGAGAUGAUAAUGGGAGUAGAAAGCAUCUUGUUGGUUUUCAGCUUGGUUAAGGUUUAUAUUCUAGAUGAAUGAAAAUAAGUUUGACAAAGGAAUUGUAAUAUAUAGAGCUAAAAGACAUGUGCAUUCACAAUUUAUCAGCACAUAGAAUAUGGAGUAAAGUAGCAGAUCAUAUAAAGUCAUUUUUAAACUUGAGAUAUUUGCUUGCAGUUUUUUAGCAAGUGAUGACUUUAGUGAAUGCUGAUAAUUAAGCUUAGUGUUGUACGAGUUUGCUUUAAUUGCAACAGUAACCAAAUCUGAAAAUGGGCAAUUUUUACCUUGUAUUAGUAAUGUUAACAUAACAUAUAAUCACAACAAAAGUCAAAUCUUAAAAUGAACAUUUCUGUUCACACUUUUGUAAACCAGCAAAGUUGUGUCUGUGUUAGUAAAUCACGUGCUUUAAUGAUGAGUCUUCUGUAUUUAGUUGGGACUAUUAAUAUGUUAUUUGGUAAAUUAAUGUGUCAACCUUUUUGCUAUGCUCAUGAUUUAAUUUUUUAGUUAUUAAUGGUCUCCUCAGUAAACUGACCGGCCAUGAACAGUUUGGGCUUUCCUAGCAAUUAUUAUUAUUUUUUUUUAUGCCUUGAUUGAAUUGAUUAAAAUGGAGGAAGGAUGUCUGACAUGAUAUGAUGCAAACUUCCACACCAUUACAUUUUUUAAGGAAAGGUUAAGCUUUCAAAGUCAGUUUGUUUACCCUGGCAAGAGGACUUCCCACAAGUGAUGUAAUGCUGUGGGGAUAAUAGUCCUCGUUCAAGUUUCUUGUAUCUUUAUAAGAUAUAUCAACUUGUUUAUGUUAUCUAAUUCAACCCUUACAUCAUGUGUAGGUAAAGGAAUCAGCUAUCCAUGUACAAGAAUGAACUUUAAACUUUCCUCAAGAAAUUAGUUUGUGUGUGCAUAUCGGUAUCGUCUAGCUGUCCAGCUAUCUAUUCGUUUGGCAUUCCUGAAACUUGUUCUUCAGGCCUUGCAUGAAGGAGUUGAUUUAACUUUGUGAUAUUUAGAGAAGCAGAAUUUGUAUUUAUAUUUUUUACACAGUGUCAAUGUAGUUUGAUAAAAUCCACAUGGAACAAAUGUUAAAAAAAAAAUCUUGUGUAAUAAAAAAGAAAACUAUCCUUGUUAUAUUAGGAAGUUUUCAAUUAUGUACAGUUGAAUGUUAAUGUCUGUUCAAAAAGAGUCAAUAAACUUUCCCUGUUAUAAAAAAGAAAAAUUUUCUAUAAGGCUAUUCUUUUUUGAGUACAUACAGAAAGUGAAAACAAGAGAAUGUUAUAUAUAAAUGCUCCUCCAUGUGCUAGGACCUAUGAAAAGGCUUGUACAGUAGUCACAUUAUUUUGUUGCCAUUACUUUUUACACAGUUUUAUGUAGUAAGUGUAUGAAUACGUGUAAAAACUAUAUCAUUAAAUUUUAUAAAUUUUUCUCA